GGCGGAGCGAUCGAGCAGAGCUGUCGAAAGCUAAAGCUUUAAACUCAAGCUUUAGUGCCAGUCAAAUGCGAAACGCUUUUAGAGUCAGAAAUAUAUUGCAAUUCUGUAACAUUAGUAGUUAUAUGACAUCGUGUUGUAUAUGGUACAAACAUAGUUUGCUUAUUGUUGAACUGUGUUGACGUUGGAUGUAUCAGGCAUCCAUUGUUUUGUUUCGCUCCCUCCCUCCUCCGCCAUGAUGUUUUCUAAGUGAGCAGUUAGCUAACUAGCCGUUAGCCUCCAGGCUGCGGACUGUGGUGAAAGGGAGGAGCAUUCGGGUGCGAUGGAUGGAUGCUUUGCCCCGCUGCGUUUUUACCCGUUUCGUCUUAGUUUCAAACGGAAUGCGACAACCACAUUCACGCGCUGAAAUGCUCCGCGCUGUUGCAGGGGGCUGCUAAUAACUGACCCGGGGAGCAGCGCCCUUUAUUCCGUUACACUUUGAAGAUUAACGCUAGCUAAGGCUGCUCGAGUGGUUACCCAGCUAGCGCCCUCCCUGCUCUUCUGCCGUCGCGCUCUUGCGUCUCCAGCCCCGGGAAUGUUCUCCAAAAAGCCUCACGGGGACGUUAAGAAGUCCACGCAGAAAGUGUUGGACCCGAAGAAGGACGUAUUGACGAGGCUGAAGCAUCUCAGAAUAGUCAUCGAAAACGCAGAGCCGUCGGAGCUGAAACAGUUCUUCGACGUGAACUACUCCCAUAUCUACUAUGUCUUCUUUGAGAACUUUGUCACCAUUGAGGUCAGCCUCAAGCAAAAAGGUCACAAGUCUCAGAGGGAGGAGCUGGACUCUAUUCUCUUCAUCUUUGAGAAAAUCCUCCAGCUCCUGCCAGAGAGAAUCCAGAGCCGAUGGCAGUUCCACAGCAUCGGACUGAUCCUCAAAAAGCUGCUGCACACUGGGAAUUCUCUGAAGAUUCGUCGGGAAGGCGUGCGCCUUUUCCUGCUGUGGAUGCAGGCGUUGCAGAUUAAUGCGGAGCGCGAGCAGCUCUGCAUGUUUGCCUGUUUGAUCCCCGGCUUCCCGGCCCCACUUUGCCACGGGACCCCGCGCACCUUGGACACUCUGAUCAACCCUCCGCUGAGUUUAACAGAGACUCAGGUUACCCCAGAAGAGAUCACUCCAUUGGUUCCUCCCCAGUCAGGUGACAAGAACCAGGAAGACCUCACCGCUUACUUUUUAGAAGCGCUGCUCAAAUACAUGGUAAACCAGGCCAAGUCUCUCGAGUGGCGCUGUAAAGAGAACCAUGAACGUGGCUUCAGCUUCCUCUUUGCUCACUUCAGGAAGUUUUACCUUCCUCACAUCUUUCCCAACUUCGCCGCGGAGACCAGCCUCUACAGCCCGAUACUGGACGUGCCCCCGAUGCGUUCCAAGCCCUACUACAGCGUGGUCCGCAGGGAGCAUGACGGCGGUGAAACCGUGUACUGCACCAAGGAGAGCUUCCUCCAGGCCCGAGUCAUCUUCAUCCGCUGGCUGGUUUCCUUCUGGCUGGAGCCACGGCCCAACACGCACGCACACAUCCCGGGAACAGAGGGCGAGAAUGUCCCGAAAAACAUACAGCGAGCGGCAGCCGGAUUGGCGGCUCGCUCCGCGGGCAGCUCCGACGACAGCGGCGGCGGUGGGAUUCGCUCCGACGGGCUCCUCGAAGGCAGCGGCUGCUCGUCUGGAUCAGGCGGAGGCAGCCUGGGGCUGUCUGGGGGCCUAGGGGUCGGGAUGGAGCCCGAGCAAAGCCACUCCAACACGUCCACGCUGACAGAGAGGGAGCCCAGCUCCUCCUCACUCUGCUCCAUGGAUGAAGAGCAGCUCACGGACAUGGAGGUGGUGAGAAGAGUGCUGACCAGCUCCAGAACCAACGUCAACUUCAUCACGGAGAUCUUUAGACAGGCAUUCCUCCUUCCCAUGUGCGAGGCUGCGGCGAUGCGUAAAGUGGUGCGUGUUUACCAGGAGUGGAUCGCCAUGGAGGACAGGCCGGUGUUCAUGAAGGAGCCAGAGGAGGGCCCCUAUCCCACAACCAGCAGCCUGGAUUCAGGCUCGCAGCUCGGGGACAAGGAGGAUGAGGGAAUGAAUAAUGCAGUUGAAAGUGAAUUGCUGGAGUACAGCGUUCAUGCCGGGGUUCAGACGACUCUACAGUUAUUUAUCACCCACUCCUCCAACGUUUUCCUGUUGGAGCCGGCCAACGACAUCAAGAUCCUGUUGGAGGAGCACGUUGACAUGUGCAAGCGAGUCCUGAACAUCUACCGCAGCCUCGUCAUGCAUGAGACCAUGGACCAGAAAACAUGGGAGCAGGUCUUAUUGGUUCUGCUGAGGGUGACGGAGUCGGUGAUGAAAAGACCUCCGUCCAUCAUGCCGCAGGGCAAGAAGAACAACACGCUGUCAGGCAGGCUGGCUGGACCUAUCUUUCAGACGCUGAUAGUUGCCUGGAUUAAGGGGAACUUAAAUGUCUACAUCAGCAGGGAACUGUGGGACGACCUCCUCGCCGUCCUCUCCUCUCUCACCUGCUGGGAUGAGCUGGUCACCGAGUGGUCACUCACCAUGGAGACCCUCACCAAGGUGUUGGCCAGGAACCUGUACAGUGUUGAUCUGAAUGAGCUGCCUCUGGACAAACUCAGUGAACAAAAACAGAAGAAGCAUAAAGGAAAAGGUAUCGGCUCGGAGGGCCAGAGGCAGAUUGUGGAUCGCUCCUUCUCCAAAGGCUGGAGCAGAGACCAGCCGGGCCAGGCGGCAGCCAUGAGGCAGCGAAGCGCCACCACCGCUGGCUCCCCGGGCAUCGAAAAGGCCAGGAGUAUUGUCCGCCAGAAGACCGUAGACCUCGAGGACCCGCCCAUCACACUGACAUCCCGCACCUCUCGGAUGCGCCACUGCUCACAGAGCGACGAGGCCCCUCCCACAUCCUGCUCUGAAGUCUUCCAGGGAGGGGCUUGUAACCUAGAGGGCCACGCCCCUUCCUCCCUCGCAAGGAGCAGCAGCGCCUCCGACAUCAUGGAGCCCUUCAUCGCCGAGCGGGUCAAAGGUGAAGACCCGAGGGGGGGUCCCGCUUCGACCCCGAAUCCCGCCCACCACCACUCCACAACCCCCUUCUCACACGCAGCCGACAGCCACACAGCUCAGCCACUCCCACACCCCUUCACCACCCCCUCUCCUACCCCUUUAACCUUCUCCAAUGGUGCCGUUUCCUCGUCCUCAGAGGGACAAGAUGAUGGUAGUGUUCACGACCCGUUCUGGCACCAGAUUGGUUCUCGGAGCCGGGGCUCUAGUUCGGAUUGGGUGAGCGACUGGGAUUCCGCCUUCGCCGUUUCAUCUGAAAAGGAAGUUGAUGUAGAGGAGGGCGAGACUGGGGCUGGAGCAGAGGAGGACGACUUAUUCUCCUCCAUCAGGGACUACCUCACCAACAAGGGAGGUGAGAGGAAGGAGGAGGCAGGAGAGAGAGAUAGUCCCGGUAGUGUGGCAGAAAACCGCGUCGUAACCGUACCCGUGCAAACGGGGAUUGCGAGAACACAGAUGGAAUACCUGGGGCAGGUAGGAGAGGCAAGACAGGUGGUGAGGGAGGGCAGGCAGGUAAGUGAAUCCGUGAGACACAGCAGUGUGGAUUCAACAGAGGAGAAUGAGGCAGAGCAGCGCAGCAUCUACGAGUGCCUGGAGCUGCAGUGCCAGUGGCCGUCGCCCAAUGCUCGGGGGAGUGCUAGCUUAGAGAGACACGCUGGGGAGAAAAAGGGAGGAGGAAAUGCAGGAAAGGCAGAAGGAUGGGAAGGGGAAUGCGAUGCGUGGAAGGAAACGGGAGAGGAGACGCAGGGUUGCAAAGAGGCCGCGGCAAGUGAGAGGUCUAUUUUCAUCAGACAAGAGACUAACACAGUAGAAUGUAGCACUGAAUCAAAUCAAACUCCCCAAACCUCCGACCCACUUAAAGCCAAGGCAUCCCGUAGUAGCACCAAGAGGCACCACUCCGGGGGUGUUCAUGUCAGCUUCCGGCCCUCGACCGAGUCCGUGCAGUUCCACAACCCCCUUGAGAGCAAGGAGGCCCACUGGAAAGCCAGACUGCGCCGCCUCAGUCACUUCCACACGCACAGCCACUCAGCCGGCGAGAGGCCGGGGGCUGGAACAGCAGGUAAGUUGGGCUCUGCCGCGGGGAUCAGCCAUAGAGCGGGUCUGCAUGAGAAAUUAGGGACUGUUUCGGAUAACAGCGGGGCAGGAAACACAGCGACCGCCGGAGGCCCGGAAAGCAGGACCGGGACCGGAGGGGACAAGGACAAGCAGCAUCCCGGGUCCUGUGUGGGACCCAAUCUGGGCUCAGAGGGUCACCCGGAGGCGUCGUCGGGCAGCUCAAGUUCCUCCGGGGCGUCGUCAGGCGUGCGUGGCCGCCUGGGACGCUCCGCCUUGCGAUCGCGAGCCUCCCGCUCCCGGUCCCAGGAGCCCGGCAGCACCGCCUCGCGACACCACCAGGGGGCUCUCCUCGGCGGCGUCUACAAGACUGUUGUACACGCUCUGUCUUCAAAGCCGCAGCCCCGAGGUCAGGGGUCGUCCCAGGGCUCGUCGCCACAGCGACAGGGCCGUGCCGCCAUGGGCGACGCGUCGUUAAGGGACCUCUACUCCCAUGUCCUGGGCUACUUUGGGCGAAAGACGACAACGCCAGCCAACAAAGAAGAGGUGGUCCAGAAGGCCCGUCCGGUUUCCAGUGACGUAGGGAGCACCAACCCAAACUUCUCUGACCUCAUGGAUGAGUUUAUUCAGGAGAGACUGAGGGCCAAAGGGACAGCGGGCCGUCGUGGCAGCAGCCCUGGCAGUCUGGAGGUUCCCAGGGACCUGCCAGAGCUCCUGGAGACGGGUCAGAGUCCUGGAUCGCGGCCCUCAGAUGACCGCCGUCCUAUUGAUGAUCCGGGGGUUCCCUCCGAAUGGACGUCCCCUGCGAGCGCCAGCGGUUCGGACAUCAUCAGUUCAGACAGCCAGUCGGACUCCUUCAAUGCCUUCCAGUACUCCACUUGCAAGUUUGAGAACUUUACUUUCAUUUCAGAAGCUUGUGAAAGAGGUGCUGGAUCUGGGGGCGGAGAUCGAGGCAGCUCACUGGACCAGGACAGCCUGGGAGGGGGUGUGGCCUGUGACGAACACGAAGUAGCCAGUUUGACAACACUUCACAUCGACUCAGAGACCAGCAGCCUCAGCCACACCGUCACCAUCACCGGUUCUGAGAGUGCGUCUCCCAUGCAUUCCCUCGGGGGCUCUCGCUCCCAGACACCCUCCCCCGCCACACUGACCGCAGAGCAUGCUGACCAUCCACACUCCCACUCACACACACACCUACAGCUGGACCAGAAGCUCCACAACUCCGUCCUGCAGACUCCAGAUGACCUGGAGACCAGCGAGUUCCCCAGCGAGGACUGCAGUGUCAUGGCGGGGGGCUCUCUGACCGGAUGGCACGCUGACGUUGCCACGGUAAUGUGGCGGAGGAUGCUUGGCAUCCUGGGGGACGUCAAUAGCAUCAAAGACCCGGAGAUCCACGCGCAGGUCUUCGACUAUCUGUGCGAACUUUGGCAAAACCUGGCCAAGAUAAGAGAUAAUUUGGGCAUUUCUCUGGACAACCAGUCAUCUCCCGCACCCCCUGUCCUGAUCCCACCUCUGAGAAUCCUCACCCCCUGGCUCUUUAAGGCCACCAUGCUGACGGAGCGUUACAAGCAGGGGAAGCUUCACGCCUACAAGCUCAUCUGCAGGAUCAUGAAGAGACGGCAAGACGUCUCCCCCAACUCUGACUUUCUCACACACUUCUACAACAUCAUGCACCAAGGGCUGCUGCACCAAGACCAGGACAUUGUGAACACCAUCAUAAAGCACUGCAGUCCCAGGUUCUUCAGUAUCGGUCUCCCUGGAGCCACCAUGUUGAUCCUGGACUUCAUCAUAGCGGCUUCUAGAGUCACCGCCUGCUCAUCACUCAACGCGCCAAGAGUGGAGGCCCAGAUCCUGCUGGGGUCUCUGGUGUGUUUUCCCAACUUGUAUGAGGAGCUUCCAGCCCUCCAUCCCACCACAGCCGACGUGGUGCUCACCAAGUUCCCCGACGUCAAGGAGCAUAUUAUCAAAACCAUCCUGACCUCUGCCAGGGACGAACCCUCUGCUCCUGCCAGGUGCGUGGCUCUGUGUAGUCUGGGUAUCUGGAUGUGCGAGGAGCUGGCUCAUGGGACUCAACAUCCACAGAUUAAGGACGCGCUCAAUGUCGUCUGUGUCACUCUGAAGUAUUCCAAUAAGAAUGUAGCACUGGUGGCGUCGGACAUCCUUCACCUCCUGAUCAGUCAGGUGGAUCAUCUGCAGAAGUUCCCUCCCGACACUCCGAAGAAGAUUGUAGAGAUCUUGAUUGCCACCAUCACACACUUGCUGCCUAAUACCGAGUCUUCUCCUCAUGAAUUGGAUAAGAGGCUGGUGGUGUCCCUCCUGUUGUGCCUGUUGGACUGGGUGAUGGCGUUGCCUCCAAAGACUCUUCUUCAACCCGUUCAAACACAAAGCCCACCGGAGAAAGAUCAGCCUACCAAGACUCUGCUCAGCUGUAUUUAUAAGGUGUUACAUGGAUGCGUGUAUGGAGCGCAGUCUUUCAACAGUCCCAAGUAUUACCCGCUGCAGCUGUCGGACCUGCUGAAUCCCGACUACGACCCGUUCCUGCCGUUGGAGAGCCUCCGAGAGCCAGAGCCGCUGCACAGCCCGGACUCCGAGCGCUCCAGCAAACUGCAGCCGGUCACUGAAGUCCGUAGCCAAAUUCAGCAGGGCCUGGUUUCCAUCGCAGCCAGAACCGUUAUCACACACUUGGUCAACCACCUCGGACACUAUCCGAUGUCUGGAGGGCCUGCUACUCUGUCUAGUCAGGUGUGUGAAAACCAAGAUAACCCCUUCUGUGAGAGUGCGGAUCUCGGACCGGAGCUUUUCCAUUCACCCAACCUCCAGUUUCUGGUCCUGAACGGCUCCACCCUGCUCUCUGUGUAUCAGAUCCGAUCAGAGUCUGGUGUACCAGGAGGCGGAAUGACGGCUGGUCUGUCCUCUGCUCCCGCUUGCGUUCGCGUCAUCAUCCGGGACGUCGCCGGAAAGCACUCCUGGGACUCUGCCGUCCUCUACGGUCCCCCGCCGUGUUCCCCGAACAGUCCGACAAACACGUUUGCGUCGCACACACAGUCGCCUCACGGCGCAGGCCUUCACUCGCACACCUCGCCAGCAGAUCUACUGAAAAGGAUGGAGGGGGGGGUAAAGAGGGGAGACAGCGAAGGGGGGGGGCAGGAGGAGAGCGAGGCAGAGGACGCGGGGAGAGCGACGGAGGGCGAAAGGCAAGGGUCUCAGGAAGAGGAAGGGGAGGAAGGAGAGGAGGAGAGGAUAGGAGAGCGAUGUGGGGGUGAAGGAGAUGAGCAGGAGCUGGUGGAGGAGAAGGGAGAGCACAGGAUGGAUGGGGAGAGGGAUCGAGAGGAGUCGGACUUGGAGCAGCUUCUGGCUCCGCCAUUGGCUAAGCGCGUGUGUCGGGAGGCGGUGCCGGCGUGGGAUUCACUGAGGGAGGGAGACGACUCACUGGAUGAAAUGCUGCAGUACCUGGGAUACUCGAGUCCCGAGUGUCUACAGAGAGCAGGCAUGCCGCUCAACAUCCCGGCCCCUCCUCCGUCGUGCGUUUCUGAAAAGCAGGAGAACGAUGUGAUCAAUGCCAUCCUGAAGCAGAGCGCUGCCGAAAGAGAGUUUGUCUUCCACAGAGGUGAGGAGCUGAACAUGAGGGCAGUGCAGCAGACUGAACCAGAGACUGAGACGCCACAGUCAGCCUUCUACUACUGCAGACUGCUGAUCAACAUACUGGGGCUCAACUCCUGGGAGAAGAGGAGUAACUUCCAUUUGUUGAGGAAGAACGAGAAGUUACUGAGAGAGCUGAAGAACCUGGACUCACGGCAGUGCCGUGAGACUCAUAAGAUAGCAGUGUUUUAUGUGGCUGAGGGCCAAGAGGACAAACACUCUAUACUGACCAACACAGCAGGCAGCCAGGCUUAUGAAGACUUUGUCUCAGGACUCGGCUGGGAGGUGGACCUCACUACUCACUGUGGCUUCAUGGGAGGUCUCCAGAGGAAUCGCAGCACAGGCCAGACCACGCCUUACUACGCCACCUCCACCACCGAGGUCAUCUACCACGUCUCCACCCGCAUGCCCCACGACCAGGACCACAACCUCACCAAGAAGCUGAGGCACCUGGGUAAUGAUGAGGUCCACAUUGUUUGGUCGGAACAUUCCAGAGACUACCGGCGAGGGAUCAUCCCCACGGAGUUCGGAGACGUGCUGAUCAUCAUCUACCCCAUGAAGAACCACAUGUACUCUAUUCAUAUACUCAAAAAACCAGAGGUGCCAUUCUUCGGCCCAUUGUUCGACGGCGCCGUAGUGGACAUGGACAUUUUGCCCACCAUGGUCAGAGCCACGGCUAUCAAUGCCAGUCGAGCCCUCAAGUCCCUCAUUCCCCUCUACCAGAACUUCUAUGAGGAGCGAGCCCGAUACCUAGAAAAUAUCGUGCAGCACCACCAGGAGCCCACCACGUUCGAGGACUAUGCAGCUCGGGUCUACAGCCCCGCUCCCUGCACACACCAGCCCUCUGACGCAGGCUCCUGCCUAGAGAUUCUUCGGGGAGAAAGUCUGGCUCUUGGGGAGGCCGGGAGCGACUCGGCGUCCCCCAUGUCUCCUCGGACUAGCAAGAGCCGCAUGUCCAUGAAGCUGCGGCGCUCCUCCGGUUCGGCCAAUAAGACUUGAGCUCUCUAGACCACACGGCCCGGUCCUGGCUGAUCAAGAAAAUCUGACGCUUUUUCGGUCCACAAUUUGGGUUUAAAAGUACAGGAAAAUAAGCCGCUGUGCCGAUGUUUACCGGCGGAAAUCCAUAGCAUCAUUUAUUUCCAUCAGGAAUGAGCGUAACCAUCUGUGGGGUCGGUAGAAUUGUGUCACUCAGAUGUACUCGGAAAACCACGCAAGUAUUCUGUGAAGUAUAUAACACUGUAAUUGUAUUUUUAAAUUGCUCACAGCUGCUGAAUAUAUAUCCCUGGCUUUGCUAAAGGAAAAAGAAAAAGAAACCAUUUCAACCAGCGCUGAUCUUUUUACCGCUGUAGACGCAGCACUAGUUCAUCAUAAUCCGUGCCAUUUAGAAUUUGCAGAAAGCUGAACGUGUGCCGCGUUGGACAAAGAGAGGUCGAACGCCGCCAUGUGGAAUCUGUAUAUAUGUACGAUAGUCAGUCCGCGUGUAUGUGUGUGUACAGACAGAUCUAUGAGUUUUGAUAUUAAAAAAAGAGAAUGUAUUUCUGAACGAUUUGAAAGCAAGAUAAAAGUAUAUUUUUGUUCUCGGUAAAGCAGUAGGCCUGUGAAGAUAAAGGGUCAGGCGUCUGUUGCUAUUCAGUCCUCAGAAAAUGUAAAUACAAAAAAACGUGUUUGCUCGCUGUAAGAUAACAAAAAACUUUACAACUUACAAAGAAUGUCCUCUACGUUUGAACCCGGAAGGAAGUCCCCCCUUUCCUGAACACGUGAAGCCACGUCGGAUCGGUGUUUGAGGGAACGAUGGAGGGAUUAUUUGUCUUUCGUAACAGAGAGAAGAAAAGGGCGCUUUCUAGAACCUGAACGAUCAAAGAGGAAGCACUCGUUACAUAAAGUUAAGUGUUGACUUGCUUCUGUGCUCAUGCUGUAAAAUGUUGACAAAGCACUGAAGUCCUCAUUUAUGUUCCUUGUGUUGUAUGUUUUGUUCCUUUUAUAUAUAUUCUCUAUAUCUAUAUAUGUAUGAGUAUGAAAAUAUAGAUGGAUAUAUAUAUAUAUAUAUCGUCGAUCUAUGAAUAUCUAUAAGGAUGUGUAUACUGUUAUGUGAGAAUAGCUGCCAAAGUCCAACUGGUUUGUCCUCAGACCGCAUUAUCUGCUUAAAACACUACAAGUAUUUUUUUUUGUUUACUCCUUGUUCUCUCUGAAUGAUUACAUCUCACAACCCUUUUUUUUUUUUUUUUUUUCAUCGCGCUCUUAUGUGUAGACUCAUCUCCAGUUCCAGUUCUGAGGGGACCUGAAAAUAUAACACUACGUUCAUGUAUUAACGUUUCAAAUUGGCUUUUGUUGUUUAUGUACUCCAGGUUCCUUUUCAUAAAUGGUCUCAGCUGUG